AUGAGGGAGAAGAUGUGGAUAUUUUACAGUGCCGACAAUUCAAAGCGUCUUUUUUCUACUUGGAAUCAGUGGUGCUUGUGUUACGCUGCAGUGGUGUGUUUGCUGUUUGCGCCUGUCAGGACAGAUGAUGCUUGCCCGUCGUCCUGCAUUUGUGCCAGAGACUCGGGGACGGUGACCUGCCGUGAGGGGGAGGACACUGAGGUACCGGGAGACAUACCGGAGUGGACGUCCACCCUGAUACUCAAGGGGAGAAACAUCUCAACUUUAGAGCGUGGUGCGUUUAUGACCAACGGCACGGAGUUGGAAAUGACGACACUGUCUCUGUCCUAUAACGGGAUACAGGCUAUUGAACCAUACGCCUUCCUGGGGCUCCCCCGAUUGCACUUGCUGGAUCUGAGCCACAAUCAAUUGGAGUCUAUCUCAGCCAGAGCUUUCCACGGAUUAACUGAGCUGCGCUCUCUUUACCUAAAUGACUCUAUUUUGCCUGCGGCCGAGGCACAGCUCUCAAACGCGCUCAGCACACAAAGUUUGCGCAACCUCCACAGACUGGAGUUGGCGGGAAAUAGACUGAGGUCUAUACCCCUGAUAAGAUUAGAUAUCUAUAAUCUCCACGCGUUGGUGCUGGUAAAUAACUCCAUAGAGACAAUCGGGUGGGAAAACGUAACCAAUCUGUAUCUGCAAAGGCGCAUACGAGUCUACUUGUCUUUAAACCCGUUUCGGUGUAACUGUGAACUGGAGGCGUUGUACUACUGGUUGAAGAACUCAUCCCAGUGCCCGGACGCAGGGCGUCUCCUGUGCAGCGAGCCUGAGGCCAAGAGGGGGAUUCCUGUGGAGAAGCUCCGGAGAGAGGACGUGGAUUGUAUGAACGAGAACCUUGAAGCGGUUUCAUACGUGUUCCUCGGUAUAGUGUUGGCUCUGAUCGGGGUGGUGUUUCUAAUGGUGCUAUAUCUCAACCGGGGAGGCAUCAAACGGUGGCUCAACAACAUCAGAGAGGCGUGCCGAGACCAGAUGGAGGUCUAUCAUUACCGCUACGAGCAGGACUCAGACCCGAGACUGGCCAACGUGGCUGUUUAA